GAGUGAAGAGAGGGUCCUGUGGUGCGCUGGCAGGGACGAGGAUGAGGUCCUAGGUCCUUAAUUAGCGUCUCCUCUCCUCUCCCCCUUACACUCGGAUCCCUUGGAGGGGGGAGGGUGUUUCCAGCGGGCCACCUUGCGUGUGACGCCGCGUCUGGCAGCCUCAGGCCCGGGCUUUUCAGACUCCGGCGUCGCCCUCCGAAGGUUCUCUGCUUCAGGAAGAGGUGGCCCAGUUCCUUUUAUCCCGCGGUGGUGCGUUCCUGAGUGUCGAAAUGCCUGUUAAGAGAUCACUGAAAUUGGAUCUGUUAGAAGCAAAUUCAUUUGAUUCUUCAAAAAUCACAAGGAAGAAAAGUAUUACAACUUAUUCUCCAACAACUGGAACUUGUCAGAUGAGCCCAUUUGCUUCUCCUGCAAGCUCUAAAGAACAAGAGCACAAAAAUGAACCAUCAAAUGGAAAAAGGAAAAAAUUGAGUCACCUCAGUUUAACCGAAAGGAAGGAAUCUACAACAAAAGACAAUGAUGAAUUCAUGGUGUUGCUAUCCAAAGUGGAGAAAUCAUCAGAAGAAAUCGUAGAAAUAAUGCAAAACUUAAGCAGUAUAGAGGCUUUGGAGGGCAGUAGAGAGCUUGAAAAUCUCCUUGGUAUCUCCCGUGCAUCAUGUUUCUUACCAAGAGAAAUGCAGAAAACAAAAGAACUAAUGAAAAAAGUAACAGAACAAAAACUGUUUGAAAAGAAGAGUUCGGGACCUCCCAACAAAGAAUUAUAUCAUCUUGACAGCUAUGAAUUCCUUAAAGGCAUUUUAAACUGAGGCAUUUAAAAGAAAUGCACUUACUGUGAACACCAACUUCUUCUGCAUCUGCCUGAUCGUAUUUAAAGGAACAGAAGAAAUGUUUGUAAUUAAUCUGCCCAGUAAAUACCAGAUCAUAGCACUAGGCAGGUGCGUGUCUAGAUAAAAUUUCUUGCAGCUAAUUUAAACUUUCUACAUACACCAGUAGAUAAUCUCAAUGUAAAUAAUACAUUUCUUCUCGACCCUUUAAUGUAAGCCAACAUGUAGAAGAGGAUAUUAACUUCUAUUCUGUAUCACAUACACUUCUGUAUCCUUUUAGCAUUUGUGGACAGAUUUAAAGCAUUUAUGAAGAUGGCAUUUUGGUAAAAUGUUUUAAAACUCAGAUUAAAUUUAAUGGUGAGUGGAAUUAGGUACCACUUUCCCAUGUAAAGCCCCAAGUGUGUAUUAGAUUUUUUUUUAAACUUCUAAAAUUUCUCUAGAAGUUUAUUGUGUAGCCACUAUCUUAGGGAUGAGUUUUUAUACUCUAGUUAUUUCUAUGCUUAUACAGAAAAACUAUAUUCAAAGUUUUAAAAUUUUCACACCUUUUAUAAAAUGCAUUUUUCAGUACAAAUAUAUUUUUAAAUAUGAAGUUGUUCUUAAACUGAACUACACAGACGCUACUGAAUUUAAAGAAAGACCUUUUUUAUGGGGUAUAUGAUCACCUGAAAAUUAUUUUGAAGCAUUAAUUUAAAUUUCUAUUUUUCUGUGGUGUUAUUUUGUAUCAUCCUCGUUCUAUCACAAAAUAAAGGGGAAGUGGGAAUCACAGGAUAUGUUAUAAAUUAAUAACAUUUUUUUUUAAAACUUCUGUAUUUUUCUUUGACCAUCUCUACAGGGGAAAAAAUACUGUGCCCUUGGUUCUUGCCCUAAGACUUGACAAAAUUUGUAUAUUACUGUGUCAUGUAAAUAAAAAUACUAUAUGAAAAUCUGAAAUAAAAUUUAACUUAGGUUUGAAAAUAACUGAUUUUCCAUUUAGAUAAACUUCAGAUUUACCUCUUAAAAUGAAAAUGAGUUUUUAAAAACUAUUAAAUGACAUCAAUUAACUAUUAAACCUAAUUCCCUUCACUAAUGAUUUUAUUGGUACUAUUUAAAUAAGAUUUUAAAGAUAAUCUGUCUGCUAAAUACUAAGAACACUUUGUGAUACAGACCUUAUAAUAGGCCAUUACCUAAAUAUACCAAAAAGGCUAAUUCCUUUGUUUUCUAGCAUUGAAAACUAACCUUAGGAUGUAAGCCAAAGCAUAUAAAGAAACUUGUAUUAGUCAGGAAAAAAAGGGUUAAGAAAUAGAUUGGUUGCAUAUAUAACGCAAGUUAUGUGGGUAUGUGCUUAAUGCUAUUAAGUCAGUUACUGUAUGUUUGACCUCGAUAUACUAAGCUUUUGCCUUUCAGAACAGCUGGGUCUGCUAAGAAUCAUUUCCCAGUUCUCUUCAUUGUAGAUCAGAUGACUCUCGCUUUAUCACCCUUGGAGGCCACAUGAAGGACAAAGCAGAAAGAUCCACACACAAAACUAAUGUUUAUAUGGCGGGGAGGGGGGUAUGGCAUGGAGGAAGGUGGGGGGGGGGGCGGAUACACUUGGCCCUGAUCUUCCAAUGAACAUAACAGAAGAGACCAAUUGAGACUUGAAACCCCUGUGUUACUCUAACCAUUAUUUAGUUACAUCCUAUCCAUCUUUUACUCUUUCUAUUGAACAGAGAGGCUCCUUUGGCUGCCUUGACUUUUGUAAAUGUUUCACUCACUUAGUUGUGGUUUAUCAUUUGGACAGAAUGCUACAUCUGGGAUUUUUCUCCCCUCCUUAACGCCUCAAGGGAAAAUGGCUUCUGUAUGCUUCAUAUUUGAUACAUGAACAUACACCCUGUUCUCUUCAUUUUAAGAAGCAAGCCUAAGUUUAUUGGUAACAGAGAAAACUGCAUUUCUCAGAAACAGCCCUUCCCUCUAAAAUGAACUUGAAAAACUUGGAAGGGUUCAUUCCUUGACAGGUAUAUUAGCAAAGUAACUGAGAAAUCUUCAAUAUUUUUGCAUUACCUAAACAUCUUUAUAUUAAAACAUCCCAAUAAGCCUGAGUGUAGCUGAGAGAAGUACUUUGGAAUUGCCUGUUUCUGUGAUCUUAAUUCAUCAAUGGACAUUUUUGGUAUUUUGGAACCUAAUCCUUCAAAGUUCAAAGUGGACUCUUCUUAAAUUGGUUUCUAAUGGAUAUAAGAGAUAAUUGACUUAUAAGGUAAUUGCUGCAGGUCUCCAUAAAAGCUACAGUGUUACUCAAUAUAAUUAAAUUUCUGAGGAAAACGUGUAUUUAGAGGAUUUGUGUUUAAGAUACCUUGAAUAUGGAUGCGUUCUACUUUAUUAUUUAUAUAAUAUACUUUUAUUUUCAAAUAAUGUUUCUCUGCUCCAGUUAUUUAGAAGCUAGGACUUCCUCAUCACUGAUUUAAACCAGCAUCCUGUGUUAAACCCAUGUAUGCUAUUACAAAAAAUAAAAAAAUAGGACUAUACCAGGCAGCCAAGAUGCUGACAUUUGGGCACAGUGAUUACAGAUGGUGACCAUGGACAGCGAUGUUCCUGCUGAUUCGGCAGUGAUUCAAGGCUGCUUUUCUGUGCUGACCUGCCCUUUGAGUCUUUAUGCACAUUUGCUUUGAGAAAGAAAUACUUCCUGAUUUUUGCUUUGUCUAAACCUACUUCCUUUAUCAGACUUAGAAGCACAUACCUUCUUGCAGCCUGUGGCUGUCCAUGCCUAGAACCAGAUUUUCUUUGUGUAUAUAUGCUCACUGUUUUAAAAUAUAUCACCACUUAGUCAAUAUAUGUUAAUGGAUGUCUUAUGAAAGAAAAAUAUUCAUUAAAAACCAUAGGUU